AUGGACGAUUUCCGAAUGGAUCAAACGGCAUUUAUCGAGGAAUUGUUGACAGAAUAUGCGGAAACUCCGAUCCUCGACAUGGUCAACAACACUGUCAACAGUACAGAGGAUUUUGUAGCAGCUUGUGAUACAAUGAUCCGCUUGACGAGGGGACCAGUGGAGAUAUUCCUUUAUCGAUACUUCCUGCCCGUUCAAAUUCUCUUUGGCAUCGCGGGCAACACAAUCAAUUUGGCUGUCUUAUUAUCAUCCGGGAUGAGAUCAGAGGCAAAUGUCCUCCUCUCAGCAAUGGCUUUCAUGGACAUCGCUCUGUUUGUCUGCCAUUUCCCGUACACUCUCACCAUCUACCCAACUUUCUACAGAAAUGCGCUAUUUCGAGAAUUGUAUUAUAAAACCCAUCUCUAUUUUCACUCAAUGUCAAACGUUUUCUCGGCGUCCGCCUCGUGGCUCGUGUUGGCUGUUUCGUUGGAAAGAUACAUCGGCAUUCGCUCGCCGAUGCACACUCGCUUACAGUGGAACAAUUCGCGUGUGUUCUUGACGAUAAUCUUGAUCUUUUUGGGUGCUGGCGCCGUAUCAUUCUAUCACUUUUUCGAGCACACUUAUGAUUAUCACCCAGAUAUCGGAAAAUUGCCGAGCCCAGAGGCCUACUCACUUUUGUUCUUGCCAAUUGAUUCACCAAAAUUGAGAGAAGUAGAGGAAAGAAUGAAAGCCGGCCAGCCGCCACCGCGAUUCGCCAGGCUAGCUGCCAAAUGCUACAGUGUUUGGAAGUACGCACGUGUCAGCACGUUGAAAGAAGAUUACAUCAUGGUGGCAAAGAUCAUCUCGAUUUGUUUAGUCGUCUUCGUCCCACUAGUCUUCAUCCCAAUCUUCAAUCUCUCAAUUAUUCGGGUACUCAGAAAUCGUGAUAUCCUCGUAAAUCGUACCUACAUAUCAGCUGCUCCAAGGCAAGGAGAAGACUUUGUUAGACACUACUCUGAAAUUGGAAUCCGCCAAAAGCAAGAGCGGAAAGUGACGGCAACAGUGGUGGCAAUUAUCACUUGUCACAUCUUCACACAUUUCCCCUCAGCCUUCCCAUUCUUAUGGGAAUUGGUUGCUGAAAGCGACGAGAAAUCGGGUUUCUAUUGGCUUCAACCGGUUGUACCAAAUCGAGAAAUUCGUUACAUUUGCUCGUAUGUCAUCAACUCGGUUCUACUAUGGGGAAAAGUAUUGAAUUUUGUUCUUUUCUGCCUCUCGUCGGAGCACUUUCGAAAGAGAAUGUUCAUGAUGUUUCGGAUUCAUUGCAACCCAAUCCCAUCCACCAACACCGAUUAUGAGGCUGUACCAUCGAGAUCGAAGAAGUAUUCGAGUGUGGCCUCGAAUUCUCAAGCGGGCGUUUAUAAAGGUGGAAAACUGGUAAAGCUGAGCGCUCUGCGUGAUCACGAGAUUCAACGCCAAAACUCCUACACAACCCAGAUUCAAGAGCUAACAAUGAAUGAAGAGUCAACGUGC